AGCUGCAGGCUGCUUCUCUGGCUGUUGCCGCCUCUGCCGCCGAGAACGAGAAUCCUGUGAUCGUCUCAGCGAAACGAGAAAGAAGCAGUCAGUCUCACGACAAAUCGCUGAAAAAUUCGCCCUUCCGGUGAUCGGAAUCUUCCGAGACGUCUUCGCAUCCGCAAGAUGAACAGAAAACUGGCUCGGAGAAAUACCAAUCCUGUGACUGAGUAACGACUGCAGAGUCUUAUAAUCAAGCGACGGAUAAACGACGACGUGUCCUAUGUUGGUUUCACACUCGCCGUCGAAGAAAAUCACCGAAAAAAUGGCCUCCAUUUUGAGAAUAUUAUAAUUAAAUUUAACUUUCUUUUGUCGCUGGGUUUGUGCGAACUGAGGAACAAGGGAAACGAUGCUGGAAGAGGGGUUAUAUAAAACUGGAGCGAGGUAAUUAACAAAAUACGGUGAGGGCAUUUUCGGAAUACAGAGAACGGAAAGAUUAGAUGAGAUCGUGACUAAAACUUGGAGCCCAAGAAAAACAAAAUAACCGAAAACAAACAAAACGACGACGCGUUAAAUGGCUGUGUGUAGAGUGGGAGUGAGUGCACAUUCCCCGUUUUGUGGUGGAAAGUUGGAUAAAUUUUCGAGUGUGCCACUGACUUUGCAGCUGUCAAUUUAUAACUUUUGUAACCCCGUAAGAUUGGGGAUAAAUUGUCGUUUAAGGGGAUUAAAGAUGGAAUCGCCUCCCGAUGGGUAUAGAAGAAACGUCGGGAUUUGUCUCGUUGACUCUUCGAAUAAGAAAAUUUUUGCAGCCUCGAGGAUUCAUAUACCGGACACAUGGCAAAUGCCUCAGGGUGGUGCUGAUGAAGGGGAGGAUCUGAGAAUUGCAGCCAUAAGAGAAUUGAGAGAAGAAACUGGUGUUACUUCGACGGAAUUUCUUGCAGAGACUCCAUAUUGGCUCACUUAUGAUUUUCCACUUGAAGUCAAAGCUAGACUUAAUCGUCGCUGGGGAACAAAUUAUAAAGGUCAAGCACAGAAGUGGUUUCUUUUUAAGUUCACGGGAAAGGAGGAAGAGAUCAAUCUUUUGGGGGACGGUUCUGAAAAACCAGAGUUUAAGGAGUGGUCGUGGAUGUUCCCCGAACAAGUUUUAGAACUUGCUGUGGAUUUCAAGAGGCCAGUCUAUGAGCAAGUUCUGAAGGUAUUUAGUCCUUACUUUUUGGUGGAUUCAGAUGAAGGAAAAUGUUCUGGUAUCAAUAUGAGGUGAUUACAGAUUUUUUUACAACAAAGAUACCUGCUGCCCUUCCUAAAACGAGUUUAUUCAUCUAAAGUUGAUCCUGUGGAUAUGAGAAGUGAUGUAUCAAUUGGGUGGCGACCAAGUUCUGAAUUUGAGUAUCUCUAUUUAUCUAUUUGAUUUGUUUGCUUUUACCUUAUUUUUUGAUAGUUGGACAGGGAAUUGGAAGGGGAAUUGCUCUGGUAUGAGUAUAAAGAAUGAAAUGAAUGUUUAAACUUUAUUUCAAUCUUUAUAAAUUAAGAUUCUUCUGUGA